UAUCUUUGACACUACAACAACAACAAAAAAAAUAGACAAAGUGCAUAGUUCUCAAGCAACAGCAAAAGAAAAAUGGGAAAAGUGAAGGUAUUUGGGGCAUGGGUUAGUCCGUUCAGUAUGCGAGUGAAAGUAGCACUACAAAUGAAGGGAGUUGAGUAUGAUUACGUUGAGGAAGAUCUACUCAACAAAAGUGAAGACCUUCUAAACUACAAUCCUAUUCACAACAAGGUUCCCGUCAUGCUUAUUGAUGGCAAGCCGAUUGCGGAGUCAUUGGUGAUCAUGGACUACAUUGAUGAGGCUUGGACCCAUAACCCCAUCUUGCCUAGUGAUCCUUAUGAGAGAGCUCGAGCUCGUUUUUGGGCUAAGUUUAUUGAUGAUACGCUGUUUCCCCAAUUAAUAGUUGUAUUCAUGAGUCAUGGAGAAGAGAGUGAAAAGGCAACAAAAGAAGUGGAUGAGCUUCUUACCAUUUUCGAAAAAGAGCUUAAUGGAAAAAAGUUCUUUGGAGGGGACAACAUUGGAUUCUUAGACAUUGUUGCUUCAAUCUUAGCGAUUUGGAUCCCAUGCUCGCAAGUAGUCAUUGGCAAAGAGUUGAUCGCGAGGGCGAAGCAUCCAUGGGUUUAUACUUGGGCUGAUCAUCUCUUACAAUGCACUGUUAUCAAACAAAAUAUGCCCGAUCAACACAAAUUGGAAGCAUACUAUCAAGCUCGCUUUGCCAGUAUGAAUAUCAAAGUUGACCAAUCAGAAUAACUUAAUCGAGUUGCUAUAUUGUUUUGUAAUGUAUACAUUUCAAUUUCUAAACUAAUGCCUUUUACUCUUAUUUGCUUCUUUAAUCUUCAUAUCAUUUUGGUGAUAAAAAAUGUUUUCUUCAA